AUGAGUGCUGCCACAGACGCAAACCUGGACGUCGCUAGAACCAACUCUUCGCAAGCGAAGACCACCCAUCCCGAUACCCCAUACCCGCCAGAACUACCCGCCCGCCCAGAAGAUAUAACCGCACAAUGGCUCUCCACCGUCCUCAGACACAAAGUCAAGUCCGUUGUGCUCAGGAAAACCGUUUCAGGCACGGCCACCAAAGUCUUUGUCACUGUCACCUACGAGGAUGGCAGCGAGAAACUUCCCACGCAGUUUUGUGUCAAGGGCGGGUUUGACCCCAGCUUCAUUCAGGCGCUCCCGUGGAUCGUCAUGGUCUACCAGCGCGAAUGCGACUUUUACAACCAUGUAGCACCGAAACUGGACCACAUGGAGCUCCCACGGCUCGAGUGGGCAGGCCAUAAUUCCGCCCAAGGCAUCCUGGUCAUGGACGACCUCGCUGCACAGGGUUGCACCUUCGGCAGUCCAAUUGAGACAUGGACGGUAGAUCGCGUACUAGCUGGCGUAGAGCAGCUUGCUGCGUUACACGCAAAGACCUGGCACCUCGAGGCAUCCGAUUACCCGUGGCUCACAUCUGAUUACGACGAGGCCAUUUACGCACUGAUGAAGACGUACGACGCCGUUGUCAAAGGCCCCGAUAGGCCAGAGAUCCACGACUAUCUCAAAGACCAGCAACGCAUCACAGCCGUCCUGAAGAAGCAUUUUGCCCAGCGUAACCCCCGGUUCCGCUGCCUGAUCCACGGCGACCCGCACACGGGUAACACGUACCUGGUAGACGGGGCACCGCGCUUCCUAGACUGGCAGGUGAUCCAUAUCGGCUCUGCGUUCCAUGAUGUGGCGUACUUUAUCGGGGCGGCGCUUAGCAUUGAGGACCGCCGGGCGCGCGAAUGGGACAUUGUGCAACAUUACCUUUGCACGCUAGAGAAGUUUGGAGUCGAGUCGCUUUCGGUGGCGGAGCCAGAGGUUGCAAGUGAGUACAAGAAAGGGUUUCUAUCGGGCAUUGGCUGGAUCAUGUGUCCGUAUGAGAUGCAGGUCAAGGAAUGUGUGUAUCCCAUGGCGCUGAGGUAUGCGGCUGCGCUGGAUGAUCAUAAGGUGCUGGAGUUGGUGGAGAGUUUGCCGGAGGCUGGUAGUUGA